AUGAAGCUCAAGACGCUGUGCAUGAUCUCGGCCCUGAUAUUCGAGAGCACCGUGGCCGUGGUGGCAGUGCCAGAUGAUGAAUGUAACGAUGAGUUCCCAGCUCGUGAGAACUGCGAGUUUGAUGAGGUUUGCGAGGACGCUUUCUGUAAGCACAACGAGUACGUCACUUGCUACAUGAACCGCUGCGGUACCUGCGAGGCGGUGUUUCGGGGUUACGACAACUUCACUGUCGACUGCAACCAGCUGACUCCUAAGUGUCGUCUGAUGCACCUGGAGAUGCUCAACAAGCGCAGAACGGGGACCAUACUACCGGGUGGUCGGCUCGAAAUAGAGUAUGACCCCGAAUGUGACGGGAACGGCAUGUUCAAGCCCAAGCAGUGCGAUGAUGACUCAAACCUGUGCUGGUGUGUAGACAGCGCCGGCGUCCGUGUCACCGAUAAGACGGGAGAUGACCCAAAGUGCGACCGCCUAGUGCGAGUUCAUCAGCUGGUUUUUAAGCUAGUGAAGGAAUAUACUCUGGACACAACGCAGAUCUUGGAGAUCAGUAUACAAGAGCUCUCUCAAGAGGUGUCGAUCAGGCUUACAGAGAAUGGCACCAAAGAUCCAGUAGAUGUGGCCACUGUCGCCUACUACAUUGAGAGAGAUCUGAAGAUCAACAAGUUUGGGCUGGAGGUGGACGGUCGAAGCUUGGAGGUGGAGAGGGACUCCAUCAAAGUGCUGUUCUUCGACAACGAGCCCCCGCGCAUGAACAUGAAGACCAUCUCUCCCGGCUUUGCCGCCAUCGUCAUCGUCAUAGCCCUGGCCAUCCUCACCGGUAUCGCCGUGUUUGUGGUGGUGCGGAGGAGGGCGGAGCAGGAGAAGAAGAGAUUCCAGUUUGAGGUCAUUGAGGGUCAAGGACAGGACGAUUACCAUAUGGCACAGCGAGAGACCAUGGCCUACUUUGUCAUGUGA